UCACUCCGCCCAUAAUCAUCAGAAGAAAAUUUGCUGCCCAUCACCCACAGUGAAAAGUAACGGAGCGCAGCGAAAAGAAAUUUCCGGACAAAAUUUAGCACCUCCGAGAACAGCUCGGACCAGCCGUAAACCGUAGUUAGUUUGUAGUUUUUCCCCUGGCCCGAGUGCGGUUGUGCGUGUCCAGAACACCACCGCCGGAAGCAGUCAAAAUUGAGGCCCAACCAGACGAACAGCAGCCAUCAUCGUCUUCGUCCAGCAGGAGGAGGAUGUCGGGUGACCAGAAAACGCUGAUCAAGGGCAACCCAUCGCAGUACGUGAAGCUGAAUGUGGGCGGUUCGUUACAUUACACUACGAUUGGGACCCUGUGCAAACAGGACACGAUGCUGCGGGCCAUGUUCAGCGGCCGGAUGGAGGUGCUGACCGAUUCAGAAGGUUGGAUUCUCAUCGACCGUUGCGGAACACAUUUCGGUACCAUAUUGAACUUUUUCCGGGACGGUAGCGUGGCUCUGCCGGAAACUACCAAGGGCAUUGCUGAAUUGCUGGCCGAAGCCAAGUAUUACUGUAUCGAGGAGCUGGGCGAAGCUUGCGAGAAAGUUCUCGCCAAAAAGGAACGCGAAUCACGUGAAUCAGAACCGAUUUGUCGGGUCCCGUUGAUAACGUCCCAGAAAGAGGAACAGUAUCUGAUUACCACGGCCACAAAACCGGUGGUGAAACUGUUGAUCAAUCGGCACAACAAUAAGUACAGCUACACCAGCACAUCUGACGAUAAUCUGCUGAAAAACAUCGAACUGUUCGAUAAACUUUCGUUGCGAUUCAGUGGCCGAGUGUUCUUUAUCAAAGAUGUCAUCGGAUCCAGCGAAAUUUGCUGCUGGUCAUUCUAUGGCAAUGGGAAAAAGGUGGCCGAAGUUUGCUGCACCUCGAUAGUGUAUGCCACCGAUAGGAAGCACACCAAGGUUGAAUUUCCUGAGGCACGUAUCUUCGAAGAAACCCUCAACAUUCUGCUGUACGAAAACAAGAACGCUCCGGACCAGGAGCUGAUGCAGGCCACCUCGCUACGUGGUGCGGUCGGCGGUAUUUCGUCCUACACCAGCGACGAAGAGGAGGAACGAACCGGGCUGGCCCGAUUGCGCCUGAACAAGCAAAACAAUCCCACAUGAUUUACGCAUCAGUUGGUGAUACGUAAAAAGUUGUUGCCAAAGAGAAAUUGAGCAAAAUGCAUUUGGUUUUCGAGCUUAUUGAAGGGAUCCCGUUGAGAAAUUUUCUUCUCGGGAUCGACCACAUUUUUGGAACAGUUUUGAAAUGUUUGAAAGUGUAUGAAAUAGAUUUCCUAACAUUUUCAAAUAUUUUAGAAAUUGUUCAGAAACCUUUUUUGUUUUCUAUUAAAAUAUUCAAAUUAAUUCAAUCACUGGUACCUUGUUAUCCUAUUAUUCUUUGCGUGAGAUUUUUUUCAUCAUUUUGCUUGCUUUUGAAUACGAAUAUAUUGCCUGUAUUUUUAAACUAUACUUUCAAAUUAAAUUCCACCUCACGUAGAUUACACAGAGGAAACAAACUGUGUUUGUUUCCUGAUUAAAAAAUGCUUCUCCGAAUAAGUCUCUUAUUCGUCUCAUGCAAUCACACAUGACUUACAUGGCUUACUCAAAUAGACAUUUUUAAAGGAUGAUUAUUGAUAAUUUGAAGUUUCGCAGCUUCAACUGUAAAAUAUUCCUCAGCAGCGUUAUACAUAUUAUAUACAAUUACAUUACUUUCAAAGGCAUCGGCGCAGAAAAAUAAUAAUUGUAAAAAAAGUUCCCGGUCGAUGCGUUUCCAACUGUGCAACAAAUCAUGUCACUUGUAACGAUGACUGUCAUAAAUAAUCUAAUAAAUGAAUAUGGAAUUUUAAACAA